GCAUCACGUGAUUCUACGUCAUAGGUCAGAGUGGUAUACCAACGAGAAAAAAUGGCGGCGUCGACGAAGAAGUGUUUCGAGGUGUUCGUGUCUAAAGUACCAUGGACUGUAGCCAGCAAGCAGAUGAGGGAGUACUUUGGACAGUUUGGCACGGUGAAGAUGUGUCGUCUACCAUUUGACAAAGACACCGGCUUCCACAGAGGAUUUGGCUGGGUCGGAUUCGAGUCAGAGGACGAAAUGAACAACGCGCUUCAGAAAGACACACACAUGCUGGAGGGAGUCAAGCUCAGUGUUAACACAAACAAACGUCCGGUUUGGCAGAGGAACGACAAAAGCGGUGACGAUAACUGAAGGCUGGCUGAGAUGGACAAACAUACUAUCGUUAUUCUCAGGCACAGUUUCACUAAGACUGCGUUUUUGUUCUCGCUUUCUCAGCUGCCUGGAAUUGUAAUUCUUUUGAGGACCAUAAGAAAACUUUGAGCAGUACACAUGGAUUGGUGUAUCUAUUUCCAUUCUAAAGUCUCUAUAAGACCCCAGAGUGUUCGUCCUUUUGGACACCUUCAGUGAAUUUGUGCCUGAGAGUUGUUGUCAUUAUUUUAAUGAUUUGUCUAGUAGUAAUGUCUUUAUUUAUUGGCGCCACUGGUGUUCUACUUCCUGUAACACCAUCUCCAGCACAUAGUAAUGUCCACUUGUAUGGUUUGUGAAACAUCACUGGUUUCCAGGUUAUGGCAAUAAAAACGUUGUAAUGAAGUGUA